AUGUCGCAUAUCGAUUACGCUCUCUACGAAUCCCCUGUGGGCUAUGCCCUCUUCAAGGUGGUGCAUCAGCAGGAUGCUGUGGGGUUGAAGUUGAAGGAGACCCAGGCUGCUGCCAACGACCUCGCCAAGUUUGGCAAGAUGGUCAAGCUGGCCAAUUUCAGCCCUUUCCGACCCAGGGGUCACGUCGAGGCUCUUGAGAACAUCAACCUCGUCUCCGAGGGUAUCGUGUCGGACUACCUCAAGUCCGUCCUCGAGCUCAACCUCCCCCAAACGAGCGGCAAGAAGACCAAGGUCGUCCUGGGCGUCUCCGAGAAGAACCUCGCUGGUGCGAUCAAGGGCGUCUUCCCCGGAAUCGAGUGCGAGACUGCCGACACCUCUGACAUUGUCGGAGACGUGAUUCGCGGUAUCCGACUGCACGCCGACAAGCUCCUCGGUGGCCUCAAGUCUGGCGAUGUUGAGAAGGCCGGUCUGGGUAUGGGCCACGCCUACUCUCGCGCCAAGGUCAAGUUCAGCGUCACCCGCAACGACAACCACAUCAUCCAAGCUAGCGCGACCAUCGACUUCCAGGACAAGGGUGUCAACCAGUUCUUCAUGCGCGUCCGCGAGUGGUACGGAUGGCACUUCCCCGAGCUCAUCAAGAUUGUCUCUGACAACCUGACCUACGCCAAGCUUGUCCUUGCCAUUGGUGACAAGAAGAGUCUCAACGACGACAAGCUCCACGACCUUGCUCUGCUCCUUGGCGAGGAUGGUGAGAAGGCUCAGGCCAUCAUUGAUGCCGCCAAGGUGUCCAUGGGUCUCGACAUCUCUCCCGCUGACCUCGAGAUUGUCCACGGCUUCGCCGAGGCUGUCGUCAAGCAGGCCGAGAACCGCAAGUCGACUGCGCUGUACCUCGAGAAGAAGAUGUCCAACGUCGCCCCCAACCUCCAGACCCUGAUUGGCACUCCCGUCGCCGCCCGCCUGAUCUCGCACGCCGGAUCCCUGACCAACCUCUCCAAGUACCCUGCCUCUACUCUGCAGAUUCUCGGUGCCGAGAAGGCCCUGUUCCGUGCCCUCAAGAGCAAGAGCAACACGCCCAAGUACGGUCUCAUCUACCACAGCAGCUUCAUUGGCAAGGCCGGUGUGCGCAACAAGGGUCGCAUUUCGCGAUACCUCGCCAACAAGUGCAGUAUGGCCAGCCGUAUCGACAACUUCUCUGAGGAGCCCUCCACUCGCUUCGGUGAGGCUCUUAAGCAGCAGGUUGAGGAUCGGUUAGAGUUCUAUGCCACUGGCAAGAAGCCCGCCAAGAACUCCGACGUCAUGAAGUCCGUCAUGGACCUCAUUGACGACGGUGACGAUGCCGCUGAGGACGAGGAGAUGGCCGAUGUCCCUGAGCCCGAGUCCGCUAAGAAGUCCAAGAAGGAGAAGAAGGAAAAGAAGGACAAGAAAGAGAAGAAGGAGAAGAAGCGCAAGAGAGAUGAGGAGGAAGCCCCCGCCGCCAAGGAAGUCGACGGCGAGAAGAAGAAGAAGAAGAAGAAGAAGAGAAAGUCGGAGGUUGCCGAUGACGAGUAAAGCUCCUCGGAUCGCUUGACAGCCCCCUGGGCAAGCCAUCGCCUCCACAAGGGAUGAGCAUGCUCCAGGGGCCGCCGAACGUUUUGAAAACGAGGACAAUGGGAGACGAUGUCAUGGAGAGCCCUCAGUCACGACAGACGUGCUGGAGGGUGUCAACCAACAUCUGCCGACACGCUCAUCUUUGCGAAGCUCGGCGAAGAAGGUGGUCAUGGCUGCCGGCCUCGACACCUCAAUCCCGCCAGAGUUGUACAUUGCCAACACCCCGGACGGACCCGAGGGAUUAAAGAAGCGGCGAGCGUGAGAGAGGUCGGCCUCCCAGGGUUCUUGUGCACUUUCUUGAGAGGAGUUUGUAGGAUCUGGCUUAUAUGGCUUUUGGGCGUUUUGAGGGCAUUUGGCUUGAUGUAAACCUGUUUUUCACUACGAGGGAGAACUCAUACCCUUUGUUUCAAAAACACGCAGUUCACUGAAGAUGC